ACCCAUCUAUGGCUGUCACGGUCCCGCAAGCAAUCCUGAUGUCGCGCUUACGUAACUUCAUCGGCUAUUUUUGCCUUGUUUCUUCACCACAGAAGAGACUGGGGUGAUGGUCUUGUCGUCUUCAGCCAGGGUGCCGUCGUUUCGUAAAGCCGGGCAGAGAGUGCAUACGCAAAUGCAGUAUAGAAACUUUGAUCCAGAGACCAACCGACCAAUCACUGCGCUGGAGUUGUUGCAGAAGCUCGAGGGAAAUGCCGAGCUCGAGGUGGACAUUCUCGACAUCACGGACGUGAUAACGAAGAAGGAGGAGAGCAGAACACAGGAACAGGCCCAGACGAGUGCGCACAAGGAUAGGGACAUUACCUCCCGGAUGUUGGACAGGUACAGCAAGAUUGCAAAGACGAUCAACAAAAAGUCUGUCAAGAGGCGGCAGGCCGGCACUGCUGCGAACUCGACAAGGACCGGCUCUAGUGGCAGGACUCAGAUUGCCGAGUUUGAAGAAUACCUUAGCAGCAAGUACCCACAGGCUGGUGUGGACACGCAGAAAAAGCUUUCACUCGUGCUGACGCAACGAAUAAAGGAGCUUCUCGGGAGCAAAGAGUGAGUGACUCGAAACAGGAACUUGCUUGGGGGGCAAAAAAUGCAAAAAACUAUGGACAACUCGUGGUGAGUCCUAGGUAAGUGUAUCUAUAUACGUACAUGUCACUGGCGAAUAUAUUGAAUGGGAAAGAAUAGAGUGGAGUGGAGUAGAAUCAGUAAGCAUCAUUCGUAGACCGCAGCAUAUCCGUAUAAGCCUGAGAAGAUGAAAAAUGCAAAUGAGCCACCGAGAAGAAUGGUUCUCAAACUGAUCUUGGUGGAAACGUACUGUCCCA